AUGAACGCCGUCACCACCAAAUUCGUACACACUUCCACCAACAAGAACCGAUGUCCCGUCAAUGUGAUCCGCUGGACACCCGAAGGAAGACGUCUAGUGACAGGAUCCUCUAGUGGAGAAUUCACCCUCUGGAACGGACUCACUUUCAACUUUGAGACCAUUUUGCAGGCACACGAUACUGCAGUACGCGCUAUGAAGUGGAGUCACAACGACGACUGGAUGGUCACCGCAGAUCACAAUGGAUUUAUCAAGUACUGGCAAUCCAACAUGAACCCACUGAAAGUCUUUCAAGGACACAAGGAAGCCAUUCGCGACCUCAGUUUCUCGCCGAGUGACGCUAGAUUUGCGACUUGCUCAGACGACGGUACAAUCAAGAUCUGGAACUUUCACGAGGGCAUUGAAGAGAGGACUCUGACAGGACACGGAUGGGAUGUGAAGUGUGUUGACUGGCACCCUCAGAAAUCCCUUCUCGCCUCAGGAAGUAAAGACAACCUUGUUAAGCUUUGGGACCCAAAGUCAGGACGCAACCUGACCACUCUGCACGGACACAAAAACACGAUUCUGGGAUUACAGUGGAACAAGAACGGGAAUUGGCUGGCAACAGCAGCGCGCGAUCAGCUGGUCAAAAUUUACGACAUCAGGAUGAUGAAGGACUUGCAGACUUUCCGCGGCCACAAGAAGGAAGUUUGCUCAGUGGCAUGGCACCCACAGCACGAAUCUCUUCUGGCGACUGGAGGAUCAGAAGGAUCCAUCAUGUUUUGGACCAUGGGGCAGUCAGAGCCUACCGGAGGUAUGGAAAACGCUCACGACUCGAACGUUUGGUCACUGGACUGGCACCCAGUGGGUCACAUCCUCGUCUCCGGAUCAAAUGACCACACCACGCGGUUCUGGACAAGGAAUCGCCCAGGAGAAUCGAUGCAGGACAAGUUCAACGUCGGAAUCCAGAUGGCAGCAGAGAUGGGUCUCACAGAUACUGGAGCAGCAGAGGAUGAUAACAUGGAGUAUGUUCCAGGGCUUGGCAACCACAACCUUGGCGUUGGCGGCGGCUUCGACAUGUCUCCCAUGUCUAUCCCAGGACUUGGUGGUGGACCCCCUGGCCUUGGAGGUGGUCCCCCCAUGGGAUCACUUCCUGACAGUCACUCGGGAGCAUUACCAGGAUUGGGCAUGGGUGGCCCUCCACGGUCGAACGGCAUGCAUCAGGGACCUCCUAAUGGCUUUGGAGGCAUGCAGAGACAGGGCGGACCAGGAGGCCCACCCUUUGGGCAGCAUGGCGGUGGUGGACCUGGGCAAUGGCAGGGUGGCGGAGCUCCAGGAGGACACGAUCGUCGACAGGGCAACUGGGGCGACCGUGAUAACAAUGGCCCAGGACAUCACUUUGAUGGAGGUGGAGGACGUGGACGGGGUCGUGGGGGGUUUAACCAAGACCGGAGAGGAGGUCGAGGCGGAUUCCGGGGAGGCUUUGGUCGUGGACAGCAUUAA